AUGGCCGGGAAGAAGGAGAAGUACUCUGUAAAGGCAAUCAUUGGGAUCGUCGGCAUGCUUGUUUUCGGCACGGGCACGAUGGUCAGCUCGAAGCUCAUGCUCGAUACAAGCGCUUGCCCCAUUUACUAUGAGUGGGAAUACGGCAAGGACUACGAGCCCUGGGCCCACGGGGAGUGCCCUCCAGAGGUUGUCAAGAAAUUCGAGAAGCCCUGGUUCCAGACUGCGUGCAUGUUCAUGGCCAUGCUUGUCUGUAUUAUUGCGCAUGGGAUCAUCGAGGCAGUGUCCCACACGAAGGCAAAGAAGAAGGCCGCUAGCCUGGCCGUGAAGAGUGCUGUCAGUGAGGGCAAUGACACCGAGACGCACAGCGUUACGCAGCCGGCAGAAGCCGCGGCCAAGUCCAAGUUCAGAACCUGGCAGUAUUGGAAGCCCUACGUUCUCAUUGCAGUCCCUUCGAUCUUCGAUAUGGUCGCCACCUCUGUCAUGACCAUGGGGCUGGUCUACAUCGAUGUUUCUGUCAUGCAGAUGCUUCGAGGGACGAUGGUCGUCUUCGCUACGAUCAUGAACAUCCUCUUUCUUCGUAGAAGAGUCCGACUCUACCAGUGGAUUGCCAUCAUUGGGACUGUCUCCGCGUGCGCACUUGUCGGAGCCUCCUGCAUCCUCGGCUCCAUGGGGUCAACCACCGCGAAGCCGUGGAACCUACAGAUCUUCGGGUGCUUCCUUGUCGUUAUUUCGCAGCUCAUUCAGUCUGGUCAGAUAGUCGCUGAAGACUUCCUCCUCAGCGACGUUGACGCAGCCCCGCUCCAAGUUGUUGGGAUGGAGGGCUUCUGGGGUCUGCUCAUCACGGUCUUCAUCGUUUCUCCCUUGCUCAUGUGGGGUGUUUCUGGCCCUGAUCACGGAGCUAACGAGGAUUUUGUUGACACCUUCUACAUGGUUGCCGACAAUCCGCUCAUCCUUGUGUUUGUCUUAAUUUAUUUUGUGUCUAUCUUGUUCCUCAACUGGGCAGGGAUGACAGUCACCGCAGAGACGUCUUCAGUUGUCCGCACUAUCUUUGAAGCCAUCAGAACGGCUGCCAUCUGGGUCACCGACCUCCUGAUUUACUACCUCUUUGCCCCGAACUCUGUCUACGGAGAGUCCUGGACGACGUAUAGCUGGAUGCAACUGGCUGGUUUCCUCCUCUUGAUCUACUCCUCUCAGGUGUAUAACGGCUAUUGUAAGUAUCCCAAGAUUUUCCGUUACAAGUUCGACGACGAUGGAAGAUGCAAGGGUGUUUUCGCUUGCUGUCCGAAGAUCUUAGCAAAGAGCGACGAAAAGUUUGCUGCUGAGCAGAAGAAGGAGCAGGAGAAGGCCGCAGUCCUGGCUGCGCCCACCAAGCAGACUCACCCAGAGCCUGAUCUGGACGGGAGCACAGACAGUGUGUAA